GUCUGUCGUUUUGAGAGGUUCGUUCACCCCUACGGAACACACAUUGUCAGGAAUUAGCCGCAACAACACCAACCUUUCGCUCUCUCUCUAGUGGCAGGCAAUGGCUCGAGUCCUUCGGGUAGCCGCCGCAUGGUGGAGUCUGACGGCAGUGAACGGCUUUCAAUCCACGGUGCCGCAAAGCACGACCCGACCAAUCGUUCACGCCCCCAGAACCUCUGAUACUGUCCUCGGGGCGUCGUUGUCGUCCACGCCGGAAAACAAAAAGAACCAGCCAUCCACCAUACAGACUCCAUACAACGAGACGGGGAAACUCGGCAAACUGGAACGCGUCGCACUGCUCGUUUGUCCGGCCCAAUUCUGCGUCCCGGAUGAUUACGCCGUACUCUUUGAGAAUUUGCGAGCGUUGUCGUCGGACGACGCGGCGACCCUGGCUUGGCCAAGGAUCGGAACCUGCGUGGUGGCUCCACUUCCACGGACCGAGUGGAUCCGUGUCGCACGCCAGCUCCCGACUCGAGCCUUUUGGGACGCCCGUUUGCCCGUCCAUUCGACCCUCGAUUGGUACUUUGACGCUAUCGAAAAGGGACUCGCGCAAAUAUUUGCACAAGAAGGGGAAGAUGUUCGGAUCUGCAUUGUGGGACACUCCAUUGGAGGUUGGGUUGCCCGUGCUUAUCUGGGUGGAUUGGGGCGGACCAGUUCGGCUGUUUAUCGGUUGGCCUCGACACAGGUAUCGUCCUUGAUCACUUUAGGCACUCCGCACGUUUCUCCCGAGCUGGCCUUGGUCGAUCAAACUCGAGGAUUGUUGCGGGAGAUCGCCGACGCCGAAUCCUGUAGUCCCGAAACUUUGGCCGCCCGUGGGAUCGACGUGACGUGUGUCUGCAGCCAAGGACUAGACGGCAAUUUCUGGACGACAAAUGUGGAAGAACUCGUAGCCGCUAGUUCGUACUGGCCCUUAUCGGGAUCCUUCCGGGGAGCCGGCGACGGCAUUGUGCCUUUGAGUCUGGCAUUUAUGGAAGAACCGUCACGCCGGAUUGUUGUGGAGUCUUGCGGUGCCACCAUGCUACCCGUCCGACAUUCCCACGUCGUCCCCACACCGUGGAAUCUAUGGAACGGGUACGCCCCCUCCAUUAUAUUACCCGACACCACCUUCCCUUCCUACGUAUCUAAAGGUGUUGUGGCUCAAUGGGCGCAAUACAUUCGGUGACGAACAGGUGUCUAAACAUUUAGAGAGAAAAAUCACAAAUUAAAAAGUAACCAACUACCAUGGUUGCGCCCCCUGGCGGCGCACCUAUACUG